AUUAACCGGUGUUUCAAUAUAGCAAAUUUGGCACUAGAGAAAAUGAACUACAAUUCCACUAGCUAUGAGUUCGAAAUUCCAGAGUGCAACAACAGUAACUGCAACUCAUGGCGAUCUGAUGAUUUGUCAACUGUAGCUUUCAUCAACGAUAUUUGGCUGGUAGCUCCAACAGAAGAAAUCAUAAUAAAAGUGUCAAUCAUGAUACCGGUAGUGUCUUGGGGCAUUUUUGGAAAUGUCUCUUUAAUGUAUAUCAUCAUUAAAAACGCCUACCUACAAUCGCCCACAAAUGUUCUAAUAGCAAAUAUGGCACUGGCCGAUUUCAUUUUGCUAGCUGUGCAUCCGUCGUUUUUUUUGGGACAUGAUUUUUUCCAAAACUAUCCGUUUGGAGAGUUUGGAUGUCGGUUCGAGGGAGCAUUUGAAUGUGGCGUUCUUGCAGCAAGCGUCACAAAUUUGGUAGCCAUAAGCUACGAUAGACUAAAUUCCAUUGCUCAACCGCAAGAAAAACGGCUAACUAUAAACAAGGCGAAAAUUAUAAUGGUCGUUGUCUGGAUCAUUGGCCUGCUGUUCACCAUACCUCCAGUCGUACUUAGGUCGUAUAGAGAAAGACAGUGGCUCGAUUUCUUGGAAAAAUAUUGCACAGAAGAUGUUAUACUCGUGAACGUAUAUUGGCAUAUAUUUAUCAUAGUUAUCGUUUGGGUACCGCUAGGUACUAUGCUGGUUUGCUAUGUAGCAUUAUUUAUCAAGUUAAGACAAUAUGAAAAAAUUGUUUUACGAAAAAUGAAAGCAGUUACCGUACAAUACAAAAAACAAGUGGCGAAAAUGAUGUUUGUAGUUGUUAUAGCAUUUAUAAUCUGUCGAUUUCCAUUUACUGCUCUGAUAAUUUACAGAAAUGAACGUCUGAAAAGAAACCGCAGUAUGAAAUCUGAAAGUGUUAUAAACCAAGUCAAUGGUUCCUAUUACACAUUAUGGUUUGUAUCGAAAUAUCUAAUUCUUAUCAAUGCGGCCAUCAAUCCAAUUAUAUAUGGCUUAACGAGCGAGAGAUUUCGUAAGGAAUUCCAGAAGAUCCCUGUAAUUAAGUACAUGUUUCCUGAAAGACAUAAACAAAUCCCACAUCAUGAAAUAAAAAGUAAACGUAAACGGAUUACGACAACAACAACUAAUAGAAUAAACAUUUUUCUUAUUUUCAAAAAACACAAAAACAAGCCUCUGCACAUAAACGAAACGGUCACCACAAAUAGUGAUAGUCAGGCACCUAUCAUUGUUAAUUAA